AAAGCCUGCCAUGGAGGCGCCGCAUAAGGCGCAGUCCGAGCUCUCGACGUCGCGCCUGGCAGCAAGGACGCUAUCGCUCGUCAAAGAGUCGGACGAGCGCGGGCCAAGCCUCACCAAGACCGCUGACGUCAUGACACCGCGUCCGCGCCGCGUCAUUGCAUCGGCCGGCUCCACGCGCCAAAAAACCUCGAAACAACCGGCCACCACGAAAGCUCACUUUUUCGCCAAGCUCCAAAAGCGCAAGGAGCUGCUGCACCAGGAGGCGCCACCCGACGUUCGCCCGACGACGCGCAGGCCGUACGUGGCGUCCCAGCAAGGCCCGGCGCCAAUCGCUCCAUUUGUCAAGGCACCUCUGGUCCACGACGUUGGGUCCACCGUCGACACGCGGGGCCACGCCGCGAUCAUGAACUGGCUCGACGAAUUUCCCCGCGAAGAACGCGACUUUUUGUCGCCGACUAACUUUUUCGAUCUCAAAGCGUCGCAAGCGCGGCGCCUCACGGAGAGCUGGCCGGCGCCGCAGCGACUCCGCAUCGCUGUCGCCUAUACGGCGCUCACGUCGCUAGCCGCUCGCCACGCCCCGAUUCCCCCGCGCUUCCUCGCGCAGUGUCUCGAAGAUCUCGCGCCGGCCAUAUAUGCCAAUGCCGCCGACUUUAACGAUGCGCAAGACGCGAUUGAUGAAAACCCCUUUCUGUUUUACUACCAACAGGCGACGCUGCAGCACGACCUCGUUCAAGCCAAGAUACGCGAAGUUGAGAGGCUUCACGAACGCAUCGCCGAACUCAGCGACCAACUGGGCGACUAUCAAUUUAAACAGAAGCGCAGCAUGUCCCACCAAGUCGUCGGCCGCUUCAAAACGAGCAUGAACCUCUUCAAGACGAACCUCGUCACGCCUCAAGCAACCGUGUCGACGGUGGCCGAGCAUCGACCCGACGAGAGAUUACCGACCGAGACGGAGAUCUGCGCCUACUUUAGUCUCAUGUCCCCCGAAGCGCUCUCGUCCAUGCUCCACCGACUGUUUCAAGACCCCAACAUGCCGUCGCUGACCCAAACGCUGGCCCACCUCGUCGACGAGUUGGAACCAGACCAGCGUCAGACGUUCUACCAUGCGUACCAGAAAGGCAUGUCGGCCGACGAACUCUACAACUUUAUCGCCAACGAAAUCAACCAGCACAACCAAUACCUCCGCGACGCCACCAUGCGCUUGACCAAGAAGACGUCGACCGCGCUCUUGUCCGAGUUUGUCCUCGCGCUGCAAAAACAUCUGCUUCUCCACGACAAGACUGUGCCACCAUUGGCCGAAGGCGCCACACUGACGGCAUUGGAAGCGUUCAUUCUCGUGCACGUCGAGUCGUUCAUGGCCCGUCUCACAGCGCUGCGCCACGACGUCGGCGAGACGUCGUUGGUGGAGAUCAUUCCGCGCCAUGUCCAGAUUCGCACCGAUGUGGCCAAGCUGCUGGAAUUCCUCAUCACGCUCGAAGGCGGGGACCCGUCGUCGCUUCUCGAGGGCCUCGACGACGACACGUUUGAUGACGGCAACAACGGCCCCACGGGCGAUGACGACGACGACGACGAAGAUGAAGACGACUUGGACGAGCUCAAACCAGCCAAAAAAACGCGCCGGAAAGCCAAGAAGCGGCGGAGCACGGUCCUCUCGCGCCUCAAGUCGCGAACGAUGCCGCUCUACGACGUGUGCACGACCAUCUCGGCCUUGGUGUGCGAAAAACUCAUGCAAGACGCCAACGACAAGUCGCUCCAGCUGCAGCCGCUCAAGGUCUUUACGCGGCAGUACUUUAUCCGGGUCUACGGCCUCAAGUCGCUCGCGCUCUCGCACAUUGCUUCGUUUCGAACCGCGCUCCAAGUGCACUGCAAGGUCCUCUUUGCAUCGAUUUCCACGUCCCUUAACCACAUUUCUAUGCAGGAAAACCCGCGCGUCGGUCUCUUUUACUGGUUUCUCGGCCUCGACGACGCGCGCGCCAUGAGCGCAGAGCUCGGAUUUGCGUUUUUCAAGUCGCUCAUCAAGCACGUCAUUUUCACCAUGACCAAGGUCAAGAGCGCGAGCAUGAACCAGAUCGAGUCGACGCCCAUCACAACGCUCGAGUCGCUCAUGUACGCGUGGAACGACCUCAUCGGAGACGGCUACUCGAGUAAAGAUUUGAUGAGUGGCAAAGAGGCGCCGACCGGCACGUUCCGGGACAAAAAACGCAUGAUUCCCGUACCAAAAGCGCUCGAAGUGUGCAAAAUCGCCUUCAACGAGGUGAUGGAGAAGGACAGUGCGGUGCUUGCCGCGAUCGACGACGUCCGCUGUGCGGGGACACCUGCCUUGCCGAUGGAAGACUUUUUGAUGCAGCUCAUGGACGCGUGGGCCGAGGCCCUCGAGCGGCUCGUCGUGGAGCUCCGGCUCAAGUUUAAAGAUGCCGACAAGAACGGCGACGGGACCAUGGACUUUGAAGAGUUCUUUGCCUUCCUCGUUUGUGCGAAAAUGCUCGACACGACCAAACUCGAAGACGCUCGCCGCGGCACGCAGCGCGACGGCGCGUCGGCGACGGCCAUGGCCGACAUGCGCCACACCAACGCCGUGCGACGCAAGGCGAUUGCGAUUUACGACAGCCUCGCAAACGACCACAACAUCAUUGACGAGACCCAUUUUGUGUCGUAUAUGCUCACCCAGCUCCUCAAACCCACGGGCCGCAAAUCAGACGACGAGAGCACCAAGCCCGAGAUGGUGCGAAGCAGCGACGAGAAGGAGAGUGCGUCCAGCCCACCGCGGCGCCAGGAUGAAGGGCGAUCCUCUCGAACGAGCGACGGGCGAGAGUCGCCACCUCGCCGCUCGUCACGGGCGCCUGCGAGCGAGCAAGACGACAUGGGCGAAGAAACCUCGGACGCGUAGUUUAUUUUAAAGUGAGUACACAAUUGUCUGCAACCAA